GAACAGCGCGGCACGGCGAAAGAGAACGGCAUGGCUUCGUCGGCGGCGUUAAUAACGGUGCAUCCAACUUCUCCGAUGGCAUUGUUUAAAAGUGGCUUCCAUCAUUUACAUGGUCCUGUAUUGAUACAUAUGAGAAAGAACUCAGUUCCUCCAAUAUGUUCUGUAAAAUUACCAACAAUGGGACAAUUCGACGAGCCUUCUAAGUUCAAGAUGCAGUUAUGUUAUGCUAAGCAGAAAUUAUGGCACUUAUUUCCUGAUUCAUUGAAAAACUUUCAAUGGGAGAAAGCUGAGAGUGUUGCAGUGAAGCAGCUGUUGGAUUUUGGGAAGGAGGUAUUGAAGUGGUUACUAACUGCAUUAUUUAUUGGUGGUUCUGUAUUUGACACCAUAUACUCUAUCUCCACAAACAAAGAGCUACUGGUACCAUGUGGUCUAUUUGCUGGAUGCAUAAUGGCUGACUUCUUGAAGGAGGUGUCACAAGAACUGUUAUCCAACUCUAAGGAAGAAGGCUUGACUCUACAGCUUCUGGGAAUAGGUUCCUUCUUUGCCCUUCUGAAGAUUAUAUCUAUAUUUUUUACACCAGGAGUAAAGGUAUUUGUGUUGCAUUUGGUAAAUGGUGGGCUGAUGCAAAUUCUCUGGAAUUUAAGAAUUUUAACAAGAAAAGAGAAAGGCAUUAAAGAGAAUUCAUUGCAGGAAGAAGCUUCUGUUCAAGGACAGGAAAAUUAGGCACCUGAUGUGAUCUUUGUUAACGAUGAUUUUGGACAAUGCGGGUUAGAUUUUUUGCAAAAUGAGAAGUGAGAAUGUUGGAAAGCAAGAUUUGAGCACAUGGUUAAGUAUGCUGUUAUGGUAUUGCCAUUUCUGGCAUUAAAAAAGUGGUUCAGGGAGUUUUCUGUUCCCUGAAACAUUCCUGAGAGGGAUGUUUCUGAUAAUUGUAUAUUUUGUUGUAUGCUUUCAUGCAAAACAAUAUUGUUAUCACCAUCUUCUGGCCACGAGUAAUGAAAUGGGAUUACAAGCGAUA